UCGGCAUCGUCUUCGGCCUCUGCGUCUGCUUCCGCUUCGGCGUCUUCCUCCUCAGCUUCGUCUUUCAAGAAGGUGACGGCUCUGGGUGUGCGCGUCCAGGGCGACAUGCCCGAGUGGAACGAAGAGCACCAGCGCUACGUGUCGGCCUACUACGACACUUUCGACGACAAGUACCGUGCCGUGCUCGACACCGUCAACAUGGCCUCGGUCGAGGGCGCGCUCAAGUACGUCCAGGCCGAGUGCAUCAACGCAUCCGUCAUCACGGACUGCGAGCGCAAGAACAACAUCAAGUACGUCGUGUUCUACCAGGUCACGUUCGCGCAGCCCGACGCGGCCAUGGAGUACUAUGCCAACGCCACGAACGAGUACGACUUCGCCGUCGAGCACUGCCCCUUCAUGCCCAUGGACGGCGGCCAGUGCGGCCCGCUGUCCGACGGCUCCUUCCCGGCCGUGUGCAACCAGUACAUCGGCACCGGCGGCCAGCCCGACCUGGGCUUCUGCGUCGGCGGCACGCUGCAGGACAACGAGGCCAUCGCCCCGUACCCUCACAACUACUGGUACUCGUUCCCCAACAGCUGCCCGCAGGAGCUGUGGAACGACAAGACGGACGAGUGCCGUAAGAAAUACGCCGGCGGACUGUGCGAGCUCGGCGUGGAGCCUGAUGGAGUGACGUGCACGUACUCGUACGAGAUCCUGGGCUACAUCCUGCUGGACGACGUCGUGGGCAUCACGUCCAUGGUCAACCCCAAGACGGGCGCCAAGUACGCCGACUACUACGAGUUCUGUGAGGCUGGCGGCGUCGAGUUCAGCGUGACCGUCUCGACGUCGUCGGUGCUCGGCCUCUUGACCAGCGUCGUGAACACCGUCGUGGACACCGUCGUGGACCUGGUGGAGGGCAUCGAGUUCUGGGCCAACCCGGGCGACAGCGACGCCAACGCCGCGCGCGUGGAGAAGCUCGUGUCCGCGUACGACAAGCUGGUGUCCUCGAACCCCACGACGAGCGACGGCGGCGUGAUGCGCUCGCUCCCCACGGUGGAGGAGCUCGCGGCCCUGAACCCGUCCUGCUCCGAGAACAGUCCGCUCUGCGCCGAGUCCGAGUUCGGCUGCAAGCGCUCGUACCGGUCGCAGAUCUGCCAGCUCUGCACGGCGGACGACUCGGGCUGCGAGAAGGCUUGA